CGCCUCUCGCCCUCUCCUACCGCGUCCCGCUCCCGGCGGCCAGCGGCUGCUCGGCCGGUGAAUCGCUUCGGGGCUCGGCUGCUCAGUGGCCGCUCGGCCCCAGCGGGGCGGGGGGUGGCCGCAGUACUGGUCGGCCGGACGGGGCCGCGGCCCGCGGGCGCGGCCGCGCGGGGGGCAGCGCCGUGCCGCCGCAGGAGAGUGGGGCAGGCAGCAGGCCUGCAGGGCGCAGCCGGCAGUGCGGCACGGCAGGCCGAGCGCGGGUUCAAAGGAAUGCCCAACCCAGAUUCCAGUUCAUUGUCAUGAAUCGCCGGAAUACUGGUAUUUUAGCAUAUCUAACCCACCGCCGCUCCCUGGAUUCUGCACCUCACUGCUGCUGCUGCCACCGACUCUAACCAGCACUCUAAGCAGCUAAUCGGCUAUGUUCGCGACGGCAGCGCGGUGGGCGGCGAAGAAGGGGAAGCCAAAGAUGGCGCCGAUCGAGCUGACAACGCCGCCGGAGCAGACGCAGUCCAUCACGCGCGCAAUCUUCGAUGUCGUCAGGGAGCACGGACCGCUCACCAUCUCCGACGUCUGGGACCAUGUCAAGGAUGUUGGCCUUAUGGGACUGACGAGCAAGCGGCAGAUGAAGAUCAUGCUGCGGUGGAUGAGGGAGCGCCAAAAGCUCAGGCUCAUCUGCGACCACGACGGCCCACACAAGCAGUUCCUCUACACCACCUGGUUCACCAACCCCAAGAACGCGCCACAGAGGCCCAAGGGGGAGCUCAAGGCCAAACCCGAGAAGCUCUCCCCUCCGCCUCCCAAGCAGCCAUGAUAUUGUUUGAGCAACCUCCAUUAUUAACAACCAACGGUCUACCAAGUGAUGACUAGUUGUGUGCCUUAUAAGUUUCUUACCAUCAAGGGUGAUUUCCUGGUUAAUCAGCAUCCUUUCUCUAGCAUGCAACAAAAGUGAAGAACCAUGCAACACUUUUCAAUAUCUCUAGGCCUCAGCGCAAACUGUACAUAAAUUGAAGAAAUUUCAAUUAUUUUCAUGAAAUGUUGUGAGUACGUACAUCUGGGGCCAUGCUGUUGGGACAAUCUAUUUUCUCGUGUUAAGUGGCAGUGGCACAUAUGUACAACAACAGACAAUUAUACAGCUAUACACUUUCAAGUUUCA